AUGUCCGGCCGAGGUAAAGGUGGCAAAGGGCUGGGUAAGGGAGGCGCUAAGCGCCACCGGAAGGUCUUACGGGACAACAUCCAGGGUAUUACGAAGCCCGCCAUUCGCCGUCUGGCUCGCCGUGGUGGUGUGAAGCGCAUCUCUGGCCUCAUCUAUGAGGAGACCCGGGGAGUGCUCAAAGUGUUCCUGGAGAACGUGAUCCGUGAUGCAGUGACUUACACGGAGCACGCCAAGCGCAAGACGGUCACGGCCAUGGAUGUGGUGUAUGCGCUGAAACGCCAGGGCCGCACCCUUUACGGCUUCGGCGGCUGAGGUCUGCAUGUAUGGACUGGAUUGGAGACAGGCUGGAAUGAUAUGGAGCUGUCGUUCGGCUGUUGCCCUGGGAGUGAAUCCCCUGUGGCGUGACUCUUCCACCCCAGCUAUUAUUUUAACCCGUAUAA